AUGUUCUAUCCGCGCACGCAUAGUGACGAGUUCUCGGGGAGCAGUGCUCGGGGAGCAAAGUGGAGAGGCAAGGGACACGGGACGUUGUAUGCUAUAAAGAGUAACCACCCAAGCGUGCCUCGGUCUCAUCUCCUCACUCACUCGUCUUCUCAUUUUCAUCUAACACCACAUUACCUCAACCACAAUGGCCGAACCUUCCAAGACGUCUGGACAGCUAUCGGAGGAGCAAUCGAGUCGGUCACUGGCUCCACCGAGCCGUCCUCGUGGACCACUGCCGGCAAACAGCAACACGCCAAAGGGGAGACCGAGGUGAAGGCCGCGGAGGCGGAGGCGUACGCCGAAGGCAUGGGCGACCGCGUGCAGGGCAAGGUCGACUCGGUGGUCGGCGCUGCGACCGGCGACAAGGCACAGCAAAUGCAGGGAAACGCCCAGCAUGACAAGGGCAAGCUCAACAUGCAGCUCAACUCGUAG